GAAUGAAUGCAUAAGUAAGUUAUAUUGCGAUUGAAACAGUAAUUGAAGUUAAAUCUGAUUGCAUGAAAAGCAAGAUGACAAUGUUACGUGGUUUUUGUUUUCUUUUUACAAUUCUAACAAUUGUUGUUCUAAUAAAUGGGCAAAAUGACUAUUGCAACAUUUGUCGAGAUCACACAAUGUGCCGCUAUACGAAUCCACAACCAGUUUGUAGGGCAAGAGUAUCAUCUUUAUCACCCGCACAACAAAAUGAAAUUGUGAAUGUACAUAAUGAAUUUAGACGACGAGUCGCUUCAGGAAGUGAAUCACGAGGUAGACCUGGACCACAACCACGUGCCAGAAAUAUGCCAAAUAUGGCUUGGGAUGGAGAAUUAGCAACUAUAGCACAAAGAUGGGCUAAUCAAUGCAGAUUUGGUCAUGACACUUGUCGUAAUGUUCGACGUUUUCAAGUUGGACAGAAUGUAGCAACAGCAUGGACAACAGGUUCAAAUCCUUCAUCAUUGAGAAAUUUAAUAACAAUGUGGUAUGAUGAAGUGGCUCAAUUUGAUCGUAACCAAGUUGAACGAUUUGUAUUCAAUAUGAAUACCGGACAUUACACACAAAUGUUGUGGGCUGCCAGUGUAAGAAUUGGUUGUGGUUAUGUUAAUCACAUGAAUGGCAAUCGAAACACUGUUCUAUUAGUUUGUAACUAUGGACCAGCGGGUAAUGUCCGCGGAGGUAGAAUGUACGAUAUUGCCCGCUAAACAGAUUUCAGUGCUGCAUUUCGAGAAAUAAUCCUUUUGAAAAAAAGGCAGAACACACUAACUUAGAAAUUUAUUAUUUAAGAAUAUUCUUCUUUUUUUAAUAACAAAAAAUCUUUUGUAACCAAACAAAAAAUAAACAAAAUAAUAAAUUUAA